AUGAUGAAACGGAAGGAGAAGCAUAAGCGGAAGAAAAAAAUGAAGCAGAAGAGAGAAGAAGACAGUGGAGAGGAGGAGGACGACGACCAACUCGUGGUUGAGUUCGAAUUAAUAGACCCCUGUGACAAGUACAUGGACAAUGUAAGGAUCCUCUUAAGGAGUACAGAGCUGUACUCCAAUUUGAAAUGCUCCGAGGAGUUAGUGAAAAUUAUAUGUGACCAGCAGAACAUUGGCAAAUUCUUAUGUGUGGCGAAUGGACCGCGUGUUGGUGAGAAGGAAGGUUCUGUUGAAGAUGGAGGAGAUGGCAAACAGGACCUCCCCAACAAUGCUGAUCAUAAUGUGGUGGGUUUUCAAACGAUAAUUAACCUAAACCAGUAUGAACAAAUUGGUGCCUUGAAGGAACUCCUGCUGCAGAAGGUGAAAAAGGUUAACACGCCGGAAUAUGUAGAGAGCGCGAAGAAGAUCAUAUCACUCCUGUCGCCACACGAAACAACACACAUUGGUCUGCUCAUUGGUCACCGCAUUUUAAACACACCCAUCACAUUAGUCCCCCUAAUUUAUAAAAAUAUAAUUGAAGACGUGUACUGGUCUCAAGGGAUUGAAGAUUUAGACAAGAGUGAAAAAAUGUGUUACUUCUUCAAUUUCCUGUUAUUUUAUACGAAGGUUUAUAACAAUGCGGAAGGAGAAAUUAUAUUUGCUAACUACGAGGAGGAGUAUUUUUUUAAACACAAGACGCAUCAUGUCAUGUGGAAUAACAACAAUGUAAAGCAGUUUUAUGAAUUUGUGAAUGGCAAGAAUAGGGAAGUCACUUAUAAAGAGUUCGUAACAAUUUUUGUCGUCCCAUUUGACAAAGUGGGGGAGGCCCUGGGGGAGAUGCAGAGGGGUGUCGGUGGUGCCUAG